AUGGGCGCCGCCGAGAGCAAGCUGGCAUUCAGAAAGCAGGUCUUUGCUCUCUUCGAGCAGAGGAACAUUCCGUCGGAGGACAAGAUAUGGGAGGGCUUCUACCAGCUCCCCGACUCGGCCGAAGACAUCUUCAACCUCUUCUCUCCGAAGGACAUCCGGCGAGUGCGAGACUCUGCACCAGAGAACUUUAUCACUCUGAUCAAAAAGGUCUCCGAAAAGAUCAUCGCGUUUACCCAACCCCGGACAACCCGCCCGUCCGCCAGCGACUUCAAGCAGAUACUCAACUGCGUUCGCAUCCUGACCAGGGUACUGCCGUAUCUGUUCGAGAUGGACGACCAGUCUCUGGAGGAGUCUCUCUUCUGGAGCCUUGACGACGGGCCGGAUAUCCACCCUGACGACGUCGAGAUCGGCGCCGACGGAUCGCUCCGGCUGCUGAACGACGAAAGCGACAAGCGCUUUGGCGCCAAGCUGGUCAGGGCAACCGUUGGCCUGCUGUUCUUCAAGGGAUUCACCCUUCCUGACUCGGUCGCUGUCGAGGAAGGUGUUGUUCUCCAGAUCUGGAACCAGGGCAUCGGCACCUCCACCAACAUCGGCUCCACUCAUGAAAUCAACAACAACCGAACCGAGACGCUGCGGCUGCUCCUCGCGUUCUUCUCAAGGGUUGUCUAUGUGGCGCCGUCGGACAUUAUCAACUACCGCAACAACUGGACCCUGGUCGUCAUCGCGGGGCUGGAAAAGAAGCAAACCUUGACAUUGAUGUGCUCGCUCAUCAACACCGCCAUCAACUACGACCCAGUCGGAUGGGGCCUGAUUCCCUAUAACCAUGUCAUCUUUGGCGACUCGCAAGAGCAUCUGGCCACGCUUUCGGUUCAGGCUAUCACGGCCAUCUUGGAUGCUCGCGAUCCGAGUGCCGAUCUAGGCAAAAAUGGAGCAUGGAACAGGCUGCGAACCAGAGAAAGCACCUAUCUGCCCGGUGCCAACAAAAGAAUUAACUUGCAGUCCGAGGUUCUGAUGCUGUUCUGGCAGCUCAUCCAAGCCAACGAGGUAUUCGUUCGAAUCCGACGGCAUCCUGACCAUUCUAGCCGCCGUGCCAUUGGACUCGUCCGACUGUGCUGCUUCCUGUUGCAGACAAUGUCGCAGGAGCGAAGCUUUGGCGUCCAGCUCAACACAAGCUUCGACCACAGCGCCGUUAACGUGACGAUCAAGGACCUUCCCGCCUUCCAGGGUGGAAACUGGGGUGACUUUUUGAUUCUGAGCGUCCAUGCGAUUGUGACGACAAGCGGAAAAACCCAGGUCUCGACUCUGUUCGAGACCCUCAUGGUUGCGCUGGUUAACACGUCGCCCUAUCUGAAAGGCAUGACAAUCAUGACGCUGACCAAGUUGAUGAACCUUCUGUCGUCGUUCUCGAACCCGGCCUUCUUGUUGGUCAACGAAGCCAACCACCGGCUCCUCUACUACCUGGUUGAGAUGUUCAACAAUCUUAUCCAGUAUCAGCUGACAGGCAACACCCACCUCGUGUAUGCCAUCAUUCGCAACAAGGAAAAGAUCUUUGCUCUUCGAGACAUGACCUUUGCGAGCGCCAACGCCGAACUCCAGCGGCUCAAGACGCUGCGCUACAAGCUCACGCACUCAAACGCCUCGCCAACGGCUUCUGAUUCGGCUGCGCCCAAGCGUGUUGACUCGGAGGUGCUGUUUGACGCCGAGGCGAGCCCAUCUGCAGAGGAUACAGCAGCCGACAAGGACCAGGUGCCAGCCGAAGCACCUCGCAAUCCCGCCAACACUGAAGGGGCGCCGCCAAAGCCCAGUCUUGACGGUCCCUCCGAGAAGGCCAGGGGCAAGAUGCCAGCCUACCAGCAAGACAAGUUUGUCCCAACGGAGGAGUGGUUCAACUUUUGGAAGAUGCACCUUCCCCUCACCGUUCUCCUCACGAUUGCGGAGGCAAUGGGCCCCGUAGUCGAGCAGUACUGCGUCGACAAGGAGCUCAACGAUGACCGCAGGGUGUUGGAAUAUCUCCAGUCCGGCACCCUCGUCGGAAUCCUUCCGCCACCCCACAAGAUCUUCACCCGCCGGUUCCCACACAACGAAGCGGUGGCGAUUUGGUUCACUUCCUAUCUUUGGGGAACCAUUUUCUUGAAGAGCGGCGACAUGAAUGCCGUGGCUGAAACGGCCAAACUCUGCCCUCCCAUCUGGACCGGCACGCACAUCAAGCUCUUCCUCGUCAAGAUGAUGGUGUAG